GGCUGCAGGCUACAGGCUACAGGCGGCCUAGAGGCUACAGGCUACAGAGAAAGGAAGAAUGAAUGAUUCGGGUGCCCAGAAAAACAAUUCAGGCAGACAUCAGCAUCAUCCACGUGUCGCCUAUUAAACACCCACUGCGUCAGCAUAUUCUCGUAUACUCUCUCUCUCUCUCGAGUCGAGUCUAGUCUCGGCAACGCACAGAAAUUGUCUGCCUGCUUCGAAUGGGAAGUAAACCAAAUACAUAUAAUUCCUGAGCUGCUCCGUUUCGUUUCCUCUCAAAACCGUAGAAUACUACGGCGAUGUUGUUCCUGAGGAAACUAUGGGGAUCGCUGUCGAACCGGUCGUGCGCCAACUUGGACUCGUCGGAUCGUCCCUUAGUCGUUUCGUCGCCGUCGCCGUCGUCGUCCUUGUCCUUGGGGGCGUUCGAUCAUAUACCCUCGGAUAUACUGAUGCAGAUACUGAGACUCCUGGGGCCCAAGGAGGCUAUGAAGCUGAGCCUGGUGUGCAAGUCUUGGUAUUCGCUUGCCUCCGAUAAUCGCCUCUGGAUUUUCUUCCUCCAGAACCAACAGGACUCCUGGGACUCCAUUUUCUUCGCCGAGACGAGUUUGAGAUCCUCUUAUCCUUUUCUAACAUUCUCUACUCAGACGCCGGAAUUAUCCUUCAUGCGCAUAUAUAGCGAACGAGCACAAGUUCCCGGUUCUGUUAUUAUUGAUGGUGGUUCUGGUUAUUGCAAGUUUGGUUGGAGCAAGUAUGCUUGUCCGUCGGGGCGAUCGGCAACAUUUGUGGAAUUUGGUAACAUUGAGUCUCCGAUGUACUCUAGACUUCGACAUUUUUAUGCAACUAUCUAUAGCAGGAUGCAGGUGAAACCAUCUACACAGCCAGUUGUUGUAUCCUUACCACUCUGCCAUUAUGACGAUACUGAAUCUGCCAGAGCAUCAAGGCGGCAGCUCAAAGAAACCAUCCAUACAGCUCUGUUUGACAUGAAUGUCCCUGCUGUUUGUGCCAUCAAUCAGGCAACAUUAGCAUUGUAUGCAGCACGGCGAACUUCAGGAAUUGUUGUUAACAUUGGUUUCCAAGUCACAUCUGUUGUUCCAAUUCUACAUGGUAAAGUGAUGCGCAAGGUGGGUGUGGAAGUUGUGGGACUGGGAGCACUAAAACUUACAGGGUUCCUCAAGGAGCUGAUGCAGCGGAACAAUAUAAGUUUCGCAUCACUGUACACUGUUCGCACACUAAAAGAGAUGCUAUGUUACGUUGCUGCUGAUUAUGAAGCCGAGCUAUCUAAAGAUACAGAAGCAUCAUAUGAAGUUGCAGGAGAGGAUUGUUUUACCCUUUCAAAAGAGCGGUUUCAAACCGGAGAGAUCUUAUUCCAGCCACGUAUUGCAGGAGUGCGUGCAAUGGGUUUACACCAGGCUGUCGCACUUUGCAUGCACCACUGCCAUGAUGCAGAAUUAACAAGUGAUGAUGCUUGGUUCAAGACUGUAGUCUUGUCAGGUGGGACUGCAUGUUUACCAGGACUGGCAGAAAGGUUAGAGAAGGAAUUGCAUGGACUUCUUCCCCCAUCCAUAUCUAAUGGAAUCAGAAUUAUUCCUCCUCCAUAUGGUGUGAACACUGCAUGGUUUGGAGCGAAGCUUAUCAGCAAUUUGAGCAACUUUCCUGGUCCAUGGUGUGUGACAAAGAAGCAGUUCCGGCAGAAGUCUAGACUCAACUUCAUAUGGUGAUAAGAUUUGUGCUAACCUGGUUCUCCACCAUAUUACCUGGCGUGGAAUGACGAGGCAUUUCUGAUGCUGAAAUGCUUAUCUACCUCAUCUGGUGAAGUCCACUAAUCUGCACCGGGAGCCUUUGGAUUCUUGUUAUGAAAAUUCAGUUUUAGAAUUUAGGCAAGAAUAUUUUUAAGAACUUCCUUGCAUAUUUAUUCUUGAUGCCCAAGUGUUGGCAUCAAUAAGAAUUCAUUUACUAUAACCUUACAUGUGUAUGAAUAAUUGAUCCCACAAGUGAAUAAGCUGCCCGGCCUAUGGAACUGAUGAUGUAAUUGCCAAAUAAACUCAUGGCUUGAGUUUUGCUA